UGCCUGUCCCGAAGUAGUCAGGAAUUUGUUUAGUUUCAGUUUUUCAGCUGUUGUGCCCUGCUCCGCGUCUCGAGUCGAGCGAACGUGUUCCAAAUUAGCAAAUUCGAACAAUUUUUACAAUUAGUUAACGCGUUCGAUGUAGUUUACGGUUUAAUUGCAGUUCCAACUUGCAAUAGAUUUGUGUGCGUCCAUCGAGUUAGCAAACGCCUCAAUAUUGAAGUGAUAAUGGCCGAAUUUUGAAUCCUCUUGUGAUAACCUGAUGUAGUUUGUUUUUAUGUUUAUUUACCGAGAUGAACUUGUUUCAUAAUCAUUAUCAGAAGUGUCUUUUUAUUUGAUUCGUUUGUUUAUUUCUAAAAUCUGUUCUUCUACCUGUGAAAUACCAUUCGUUGGACUUACAAUUUUUUGGAGCUUAGGAAGAUUUUGAUGCUGUGAGUGACUGAUAUCGUCCCAAUCUGAAGGUGACUGAGCGGAAUCCUAUCUACGGUCGCAAAUCCUUCUUUCGUAUCUGAUCGUCUUUUAUACCGACUCAAGAGUUUUUAGUUGAGUUCACAUGUCCGGGAAAACGGCGGCCCUGUCGCUCCACUCGACGCGCGCGAGUCACCUGGGGCAGAUGGGCCGGACCCGGAGCGCGCCGUCGAUGCACUCCUGACUAGCGGGCCCGGAGCUGGCGUCGCCGUCCGUCAUGGGGAUCGGCGUGGGGGCGGGAGCCCCGUCCCGGNCCCGGGGGCCCGCGCGCCCCGUCGCCGUCGCCGCCGGGUUCGCCCCGCUCGUCGUUGCCGUCCCGGCCACCCUCCCGCACCCCCACGGCCACAACCCUCCCGUGGCCUCCGCCAUGGAGUCGGACGUGAGCCAGGACUUCCAGGACUACUGGAACGAGUGCCGCAUCAUCCAGGAGGCCAAGCGCCUCGACGAGUACCUCGACGAGGAGUACGCCAACAUCUCCAACGGCAAAUGCUUCGAAGAAGGCGAACAAGAGGCUGAAUGGCUGGACGCAGCUGGAUUGUCGUACCUGACGCAGGCCUACCGGCGGGGCCAGGAGAUCGCCGACAGCGAGCUGGACCCUGCCGUCCGCUUGCUCAACUCGCAACAGGCCGAGGCCGUCCGCAGAAGGGUCCGCUCCCUCAACCACACCGUCCGCCAAAGAGGACGCCAGUACCGCGCCCGCCACAAGAAGCCCGAUAUUCGGGCAGUUUUUAAAGAUGUCGAGAACUGUAGCACGAGUUCCAGAUCAAGGAGCGCAACACCAGAUUCUUUAGAUUCAAGUCCUCCCAGUCCUCCUCUAUCAUGGUCAUCUACCAAUGUUCCCUGCAUCAUGUACCCAGAUCCUGUGACAGAAUCGCCCGUCACUUCACCAAGUUUUGUGCAAAUUUUUGAGAAUGGAGUUUGCAGAAAUGAAUCAAGGGAUGUGCGACGAUUGCCAAGUGCCCCUAUUCUUUCCAGUCGUGAACUUUUCCGCAGGGCAAGCAAAAAUGGCUCCGAUAUUGUCGCAUCAGAGACUGCAGAGGGUAUCACAAUGUUGGGUUAUCAUCGAAUCGGAUCUGUACGAGGAUAUCCGUUACUGGAAAGAAGCCAUGGUGCUGCCACUCUCUCGUCUCAUGACACUAGUUCAGACUCUAGUCAUUCAGAGUUGGAUAUACCAAGAGUAAAUAUUUCCAGAAGUCAUGGAAGUUUGUACGAACCUCGAAGAAGUAGCAAUGAGUCAUUACCUCGCAGCUCAUCGCAGGAAUGCCUCAGUUUUGAAGAAAUGUGGCAGCAUCGGGAAUCAACUAAUCAACCUCAGUGUCAACCUAUUGACCAUCAACAAGAUGAAAUGUUGGUGGGGAGAACAUGGGUCGACUCUCUAGGAGAAGACGAUUUAGUUAAAUUACGACCCCUUAUCUUCCUAGAGCUCACAGCCUUAUUGGACAGUUCUGGUAUUCGAUUUCAUAAAAGAAAGCCUCACAAAAGGAAGAGAAAAGAAGAUGGUCUCAUUUUUGGUGUAUCCCUUCAAACGCUCAUAGAAAAAGAUGCUGCCAUUUCCAGUGAACCUCAUAAUGUGCCAUUAGUCUUUCAGAAAAUUUUGAACCAGUUAGAAAAGCGAGGGCUCCGAGAAGAAGGAGUGCUCAGAGUAGCAUCUCAUAAACAGCGUGUGGAUCGAUUGUGCACAGAAUUGGAAGCUGUUUUCUAUUCGCAGCCAACGCAGGCAGAACAAAUGCUUCAAAGUUGUUCGGUGCAUGAUUUGGCGGCUCUUUUGAAGAGAUUACUUCGAGAUAUCCCUGAGCCUCUUUUUACCAACGAAUUAAUUGAUCUCUUUUACCAGUCUCACGCUGUUCCUGAAUGCGACCGAGCAUUGAAUUUACUAGUGCUUCUUUUACCAAAUGAAAACCGAGCCACAUUGUUGGCACUAAUAUCUUUUCUAUCUCAGUUAAUCAUCAAUCAAGCAUCCAACAAAAUGUCUGCUCACAAUGUUGCCAUGAUAGUUGCUCCAUCCUUAUUUCCACCCAGUUACUUACGCUUGGAUAAAGAGGAUUUACAAGCCCAAGUUAAAGUUGCUGCUGUCAGUUGUCGAUUGACCGAAAAACUUCUUGAGUGUGGGGAAUCAUUAUGGGUUGUCCCUCCUUCUCUCAUUGCCCAGUUGAGGCAUAACAAUGACCAGUUGCGGUAUCGAUUAAAAGAGAACAAAAAGCCUAUGAAGAAACUACUAGGAAGAAAAGAUAUCCGUGAUUGGAUCAUGCGCAAAAUUGACAAUGAAGUCGAUUACCAAGAAGGCAUAGUGAGGGUGAAUGCUCCACAGUUUCUUUUGUCUCAAGAGCCGAUGGUUCUUUCGGACACAACAACAGCUGGAGAUGUCGUUCUUAAGUUAGUUGAACGAGGUAUUCAGAAAUUUGACUCAACUCCUUUCAAACUUGGUCGUCGUGACAUCAAGUCUCGAGCUCUCUCCGAGCUUGCUCCCAACGGAAAUUUAAGCUGUUUACUGACUACAGCAGAUCCAGAUAUGGCCUUGGCAACUCACUUUUUGUACGAAGUCGGUGGCAAUAUUGGUCAACGCCGCAUAGAACAGUCUGCCAACAUGCUCACAGUCUACCAAGAAAAUCCUAAUGCUCAAUGGUACCUCCGAUGCGAUCACAAAAAUGGGAACAAACAACUGCUAGCACUAAAAAAUUAAUCAUGUCUUACCUAUUUUCCUUUCUUAUGAGUACGUAUCAGUGAGUACGUAUUAUUACUUUUUUUAGUAAAUGUUUUAAUUUUUUUUUUUUUUUUCAUGUGUCAGAGAUUUGUAUAUUUUGCCUGUUAGUGACUUUGUGAUAUCUUUUUUACUCAAUGUAACUUAGGUAAUUCCAUUAAUUUAGAGAUUACAAACUUUGGACCUCUUUGUGAUUCGGACCUCAGAAUCAUUCUUUCAAACUUAACAAUGUAGCUCAAUCGUAACAUUGAUAAUUCUUCUUUACGUAAUUCUGAUCAUGCCUCCCAAUUGGGACGAAAGAUGAGAAUGCAAUAUUGCACCAUUCCACACUUACUACUUAAACCAGAUCGAACUAUGAAUUACCCAAGCACUUAUUUACAAAUGCAAAAAUUGUGCGAUAGAGGUAAAUAUUGUAUUGCUCACUAUCCUAGCUCCAUUUUUUUUGCAAUUUGCAUCAAAAAGUCAAUUUACUAGUUUUAAGGUUAUUGUUGAGUUUAUUUUAUUCUACAUAGUACAAUUUAGAAUAAGUAAUUUUUGUUCUGAAGCUAAAAUCAGUUUUCAUUUUUUAAGUGAAAUGAAGGGAUUCUUAGAACUGACUUAAAUAACUCAGCGGAAUUCAAAGGUGCAAUCAAUUACUCUCGAACAUAUUCUCUCAUGAUGCAAUUCUUCUUGAGAUAACUCUCUCGAAUGAAGGUUUUAAUUUUGUAUGGAAGCAAAAUGAACUUGAUGUCUGAGACAAUUUUUGUAAAGUUAUCUAAUUGUAGAAAAAAAGUUGUAAAGCUUGUGAUGAGAAUAGAACAAAAUUGUAAAUAAAUUUAGAAUAAUUUUUUAAAA